CCAUGCGAGAGGCCGCCCAGCACCUCCUCGGGACACACGACUUCAGCGCCUUCCAGUCGGCCGGCAGCCCAGCCCCCAGCCCCGUGCGAACGCUGCGCCAAGUGUCAGUGUCCCCCGGCCCUGCCAGCCUCUUUGCCCUCCCCCAGGAGAGCAGCAGGCUACAGUUCUGGACGCUGGAGUUUGAGAGCCAGUCCUUCCUGUACAGACAGGUGCGGAGGAUGACAGCUGUGCUGGUGGCUGUGGGGCUGGGAGCUCUGACACCCACCCAGGUGAAGGCAAUUCUGGAGAGCCGGGACCCUCUGGGCAAGCACCAGGCACGCGUAGCCCCAGCCCACGGCCUUUUCCUGAAAUCGGUCCUGUAUGGGGCCCUGGAGACCUCGGGCCCACAGUGUGGAGACCACAGAUGACCCUGGAUCUUCCACCAAAGUCAGGCCGGCCACGGCACAGCAAGCCCAGCAGGCACCAGCCCUGUGCGGGUAGGCCAGCAUGUCACAGCUUCCAGGGACCACAGCAUGCCUGCUCGACUUCCUGUGUCCAUCAUACCUGCCAAAGCCCCAGUGCCCUGGAGACCCCCGCCCCUGGUGCAGGAGACAUGUUGUACCAACGGGAGAGCACCAGGUGGCCUUUGCGUCUGCUUUUACUAGACAUUGCUGUCCCAGAGUCCCCAGCCAGCAGUCAUCACGGGGCCAGGAGUGGGAAUAAAAGGCGAGAGAUCCAGA